UACGUGUAGCCAAAGAUCCUGGUGUAGCUCACCAACUAGCAGCAGCUAGCUAGUCAGAUAGAGGAGACAGUACCAGCGAAUACAUAUCUGUUGACACAACGGUAGCUAUUUUCUGAUUGUAACGUAUACAGGGAAAAAGACGAACGUACAGUCAUUGGACAUUUGAAAACGCCACGGACUGAUACUUUAUCGAAGUUAAUAUGCUGUAGCAGAAUGGAAUUACCAGUGCACGCUUGUUUUGAGUGGUACUGCAUAAGGACGCGGCACUGUUUCGGCCAUCAAAACAAGGAGCCAUAAACUCCAUGCAUCUUGUGAAGUCCCUCCAGAAACUGUAAAUUGCACUCAAACAGAGACUUAAAAGGACAGACAUGUUUGCCAAGUUGAAGAAGAAGAUUGCAGAGGAAGCGGCCACAGCACCUCGGAGUGGUGUUCGUAUACCGCGCACCAUCAGCAAGGAAUCCAUCACCUCAGUGGGGGCAGACUCUGGGGAUGACUUUGCAUCUGAUGGCAGCAGCUCCAGGGACGACUUGCCCGCACAGCUUCUCAGGAGGAAUGAUCAGAUCCGGAAGCUGGAGGCCAAGCUGUCAGUAUCCAUAAAGAAACUUCAAGACCAGAAUGAGUCUCACCAGGCCGGCAGAGCCAAAAUGGCAGAGGGGAUGGCUUUAGCACUGGAAAAGAAGGAUCAGGAAUGGAUGGAGAAGAUGGCUGAUAUGGAAAAGGACAAAGCUGUCCUGUCAGCCCGGAUAGAGGAGAUGAUGGAGCAAAGCUUAGCACUCUUCCAGAAAAGGGAUGACCUGGAUGAACUGGAGGGCUUUCAGCAGCAGGAGCUCGCUAAAGUUAAACACAUGUUGCUGAAGAAGGAGGAACAGCUGAGCCAGCGGGAUCAGGAGCUCCAGCAAAAGGAGGCUGAAGUUCAGUCAGCAAAGCAAGGGUUGUCUGAGGCUCGAAGGAAACUCCAGGCUCUGGAAAAGCAGCAUGAGGAGAGCUGCAGACUCAACUCGGAGUUCGAAAUAGAGCGAGAGGAACUGCUGCUGCUCAGAGAGGAGGCGGACAAGAAGAUCAGUGAGCUGGAGGGAGGAUGCCAGGAGCUGCAGUCAGUCAUUCAGCAGGUCUCUGAAGACUUUCAGAAGUCACAGAGUAUGGUGUCAACUUUAGAAAGGUCCCUCCAAGAAUUACAGACUGAGCAUGAUGCCCUGAAGUUGCAACAACAAAAGGCUGCUGUAACGGAGGAGGACAAGGAGCGCUUGUUAGUGGACCUUCAGAAGAAAGUGACGUCUCUGGAGAGACGGCUGCAUGGGAACCUGAGCCAGGACGAGCAUCUACAGGAGCUUCUCCAGGAGAAGUCCAGCCUGGAGCAAAGUCUGGAAGAGACCAGAGCAGAGCUGCUGCUGGUUCGGACCAACCAUGCUGAUACUGUCAGCUCUCUGGAGACGCAGGUAUCCAGAAUGAGCUGCAGCAUUACUGAGCUGCAGACCCUUCUCCGACACAAAGACGACUCCUCCAGAGCCUACAGAGAGAGAACAGACACACAAAUAGCUAAUUUGGAGCAGAAAGUCCAGGAGAGUAGUGAGAGACUGAAGAGUGCAGAGCAUCAGAUCACAGAGAAACAGCAGCACAUGGCUAAACAGCUAGGAGAGUGGAGUGCAGAGAAGGCCUUUCUGGAUCAGCAGGUCUGUUUGUUACAGCAGCAGAGUGAGGAGAAGACCAGCCGCCUGGAGGAAAGUAUCACCUCUUUACAGACAGAAAGACAGAUGUUGCAUGACAGAAUGGCUGAUCUGGACAAGCAGAGGGACGAAGCAAACGCCACUCUGAGCCAGCGGACAGGCGAGCUGGAACAGUGCAGGGCGGAGCUGAACAGUCAGCAGACAGUGAGCACAGAAAUUGCCAAAGCUCUCGAAGAAACCAGGCGACAGAAGGAGGAACUGCAAACGCAGGUUGGAGAGCUGACCCCAUCUCUACAGACCUCACAGCAGGAACUGUCAGCUGUCACUGAGAAGCUAGCACUGAGAGAGGAAGACAUCAAAACACUUGAGAAUGAGGUGCAGUGUCGGCAGGCAUCACUGGUCCAGCUACAGCAGGACGUAGAGCAGCAGCGAGCCCAGCUAGAGCAGAUGCUGCUGGACAAAGACUCCCAGCUGAUCAGCCUGAGGGAGGAGCUGCUCAGCCAGACACAGCAGCUAGAUAGCUGCCAGGCGCGGAUCUCAUACCUGGAGGUUGAGGUGGAAACCUUGACGGAACAGCUUCACAGCCGUGAAGUGUGUGAGGAGGAUCAUAACGGUAGUGUGACGGUGGAUGAUCUGGAUCACAUUCAGAAGGUCAACAGAGAGCUAGAGCAGCAGCUCACCGACAAGAACAGGAGCAUCAAGCAGCUGCAGCAGAGACUGGCAGAGCUGAAGAGGACCCUGCAGAAGGAACUGAAGUUGAAGCCUGAGCCAGAAGCUGAAGGGAAAGAGAAAUUUCCAGAAAACCGAGCAGAAAAACAAGAGAGAGUUUGUCCAGACCCGCUGCCAGCAUCGACGCAGAGCCCCCCGACCUCCAACACCACAGUGACCAACACCUCAGACCUCAACGACUCGCGAGAAAUCAACUUUGAGUAUCUCAAACACGUCGUACUCAAAUUUAUGUCAUCCAGAGAGGCUGAGGCAUUCCAGCUAAUACGAGCUGUUUCUGUGCUCCUGAACUUCACUCGUGAGGAAGAGGACAUGUUGAAACAAACUCUUGAGUACAAGAUGUCCUGGUUUGGAUCCAAGCCUUCUCCAAAGGGUGCCAUCCGGCCUUCAAUCUCAGGCAAUCCAACUCUUUGGAGCUGAUGAGCUGCAGAAAGAGCUAUAGCGAUGGAGAGAAAGGAAUCAAAGGACCGCCUCCAGGAGGAAAAAGUCCGUACGCUGUGUCUUCUAUCACUGAGCAGGACUCAGCUUUAAACUUUGAACAGCCUCCCACAGUUCAAUGAUCUGUGGGGACGGACAGGGCUGCACAGUAUGUUCAUAAUCAGUUGUUGAUUUUUUAAAUGACAUUAUUUCCUUGUCAGUGGUUGAAGCAGAUGGACUUUUGACCAUUAUAGAGGGUAAACUAUUACACAUAAUUAAUACUGGAGUUUUAAGUGUCUCAAGUCUCAUUUUUCUUACCUGACAAAUGACGCAGAUCUGAUGUUUUCUAUUCAGUGGAAACAGCAAAAAGUGAGUAAGCAUGUCAGAAAAUGAGACCCAGCAUCAGAAUGAAAUACCAGACUGACUUGACUGUUGUCUUAGGGGCUGCCUUAAUUCUGCCCAGAUUCAAACAACACAAGUUACAUGGGACUUGAUGUGACUGUCUUCACUGAACAAAUGGUGCGGCAUUGAUUGCUGAAGGAUUCUGUCACUUGGUUAAUCGUUAGGUUUCAAUCACAGGGAGGGCUUCUUCAUUCAAAUUCAUUAAAUGGUCCGUACAGAUUCACCAAGCUGAUUGGUUUCAGUAUCGGUGAGAGUUUAUUUAAUAGUACCUGCCAAAUGGGCGUUAUUAUGGAGCCCACGUAACUUCUAGGCAACACCCGCCCUUCAAUAGCAUUCACACACUACUAUUGGCCAGGCUUUCAUGGUUAGGCAAGGUAACGUAACCCGAUUAGUUCAAGUCCUAUCCCCUGACCAAUCGGCUAUCCCAAAUUUAACCACUCGAGGUCAAAUGCCUAACCCCAACCAGUCAAGCUGCUUCGUAGGGCGGGACUUGCCUAGAAGUUACGUGGGAUCCAUAAUAACGCGCCAAAUGGACAUAAGUAGUUCACAUUUGUGUCAAAGGAUCUAAAUUUGUCUACAUGUGGAGUUUGAGUCCCCUUCCUAAAUUCUCAUAAAAAUGUCAUCAGCCAUUUUCUUUACUGGAAUAGUUUUCUUCAUUAUCUGUAGAAAUAUUCACGAUAGCAUUAAAAUGAAUGUGUAUCUACUAGGGCUGCAUGAUAUGAGGAAAUUAUGCAAUAUGCGCUAAUGUUGAAUAUUGCAAUAACGAUAUUACUUGCGAUAAAGAAACAUAUUUAAGUGUACUGCUUUCAGUGUUCUGGUAAAAUACAAACAAAUUGCUUUUGGAAUUUAAAACUCAUACUCCCUCACAUAAAAAUCAUUUCCAACAUUCUUUUAUUGAACAAAGUGAAACUUGAAUUGAAUAUAAAAGGCACAACUAAAAAAAGUGACCGUUACAUUUGAAAGUGCAGUUUUCUACUGAAAGUGUCUUUCGCGAUACGUCACAGCCUUUUGCGAUGCGUUUAUUGCGCCAGUUGAAAUUGCGCCGAUGACCAUAAAAAACAAACAAGAUAUUGUGCAGCCCUAGUGUCUUCUAUGUUCUGAUGGCCAAGGAUUGCAGUUAGUCUAAGACCACUUUACAAAGCUCCUUGCACAACCAAGGGAAUCCAGGCUAGGAUUUCUGUCCAGUAGCACCCCUUUAAGAAAAGACAACGCUGACAUUUUACUAUUUGUGAUUGAUGAUUGAUCAUGAUUUACUGUGUUGAAUUUUUAAAUCAUCAAAAUUGAAAUGGGCAUGCAUCUUUAAAUGAAACUUCCUUGCACUCAUUUCUCUUUAAAAUGACAUUUUCUUCAUAUUUCUAUACAUUAUGUCACUGAAAUCACCAUUACAAGAUAUGGUCUAACUGGUACUGAUUUAAGAGGCUGAUACCAGUAAUCCUUAUAGUAUAGUAUAGUAUAGUAUAGUUGUGUGUGUGUGUGUGUGUGUGUGUGUGUGUGUGUGUGUGUGUGUGUGUGUGUGUGUGUGUGUGUGUGUGUGUGUGUGUGUGUGUGUGUGUGUGUGUGUGUGUGUGUGUGUGUGUGUGUGUGUGUGUGUGUGUGUGUGUGUGUGAUAAGGAACAUUUGGUUUAUAAAGAAUUGGGCUCAAUGAAUGUCUGUGCUCUCUGAUAAAAUGGUGGCCUAUGCCAACAUGCAUGCUGAAUUCGGCCGCACUGUAGUUCAACAGCUCAUUUAAAUGGGUAUCAAACCUAACUGCUUGGCCAUUGGACUGUUAUUACUAUGACGUGAGGCUCCCAGCAGACCUUGCUCUCAGAUCCUCCCGGUUCACCUGGAUUGGCAGACCCUAAUCUAACCCUGGCCCUAACCUAAACCACCCAUAAGCUAAAACAUUUGACUAAAGAGUUUGUUUUGGGAUCGUACUGUAUUUACGUAGCUUUGAAGUUAUGGCUUGGAGGCUCAAGUCGGGGUAAAAUAAAGUCUCUUUUCUCAAAUGCUGCUAUUGGGGAAACAAAACAUGGCUGAUGCAAGCUGUAUGCACAGACUGUCCUUUAACACCAAUAUGAAUGAUUUACACUAUAGUCCAUUUGGAUAAUAUACCAAUGUGAUAAAAUAAGUGAAUGCUCUGUAAAUGAUGACUGGAGGACAUGCUCUACCUUUACCUGCCUUUGGUAAUGUAAAUGAAAGUACAUUCCACAUAUUUAUUUAUAUAUAUAUAUAUAUAUAUAUAUAUA